CACCCCCCCCCUCGCCCUUUUUCUGAUUGUGCCAUCACAGGGCUACGUUUUGGUAUCUGGAAGACACUGAUCGCGCCAUUUCACAAAACUUGCGGCCUACCUGUUUGUGAAAAUGCUUCAAUGGGUUGCAACAUUCUGGCAUUUCAAGAAGGUGCGGCUAACUGACUCAGCCGACCGAUUUUUGUGCCUAAGUUUAACAUCUGUCAGAAUUUAUGCGCCUAGAUUUCAUGAGAAAUCACUUGAUCAGAGGCUGGGGAUCGGUUAUGUAGGACCUACAAUAGCCUCUCAAUCUCAUCAGUUGUAGUUGACAAAGGGCAUCAAAAGGCCAUAAAUAUAAAGUAUAUGUAUCAGCAACCCACGAGAAUCCGAUGCAGAAACAAUGUUGAAGAUGACUUCCAACCGCCUAAUAAAUGCAAUUUUUAAGCAUUCAUUAAUCAGACUUUACGACCAAAACAAGCUUUCACUUACCUCAUCCUCACAUCAUUUCUUCCAUUUUCAAUCAAUUUAUUAAGAAAGGGAAAAAAUAGCUCUUCCUUUCCCAUCUUUCAAAGUCACACCACAAUUAUUCUUCCUUGUUAUCAGUCGUGUAUUUUAUGUAAAAAUGCCUUCUUUUACUCUACGGUUCGUUUUACAAUUCUACUAUUACUGCUCGUAACAUUUCCCCUUUCUUUUUGUCUGUUUGUUAAGAAUGUUUGAAGAAUUUUGUCAUACCAGAUGUUUUUUUACAGUGGGAAAUAGAAUAAAAACAGAUCAAUGCGAAGGGUCCUUCUGCUGUUAUAGCAACACACGAGGGCAGUGUUAAAUUAGAGGGGGCCAUGAUCAGCAUUGUGACAUGAAGGGUUUUGUUGAGGAUUUGAUAGGGAUAUGAACAUAUCUUAAUUUCUGCUUUUGGACACCCUUCACUAUCUUUUUUUCUUCUUUUAAUAAUAUUUCUAGAUACUUGAAAUCAAAGUUUGAGGCAUAGAUUGGAAAUUUUAAUUUAAUUUAUAAAAAAUGGAAAUUCUUUUCUCCUUUUAAUUUUGCUCUAAUACUCGCCUUUUUGAAAUUUAAUAAUGGAGUGGAGGACUGAGGGGGAGGGGUACGAUGUUGCGUAUAAAUUAGUGUUUGACUAAAAUAAUCUUUGUGAGAGAGCCCACCGUAAAAAAAAUUGCUGUGGCAAUGAUGAGAGCGAGGGCCCGCCGGUGGGCGCUGGAUAAGCACGUGGGCUUCUCCUUGUGAAGUGCACGCUGGCAGAGCGAUGCCCUCAUGGGGCCCUCGAAAAGUAAAACUAUAUUCUCCUUCAAGUAACUUAGAAAAAAUUAUCAAAAUUCCCCUGUUUAUUGUUUUUGUAUAUAUAUUAAUAUGUAUAUUUCAGACUUUUCCCUGAUGAUUGGUUGUCCGAUUGCAUAUCUGGAGAGCGUUAAAAGGGUUCAAAAUCUCAAGCGUCGGGGUUGUUUUGUGUAUCUUAAAUGUCAAUUUCCUUAGCAUUUUAUCAAUGCUUUCUCUCGCUUUUUCUAGUUUGAGUAGUUAUUUUGUACUGUAUAUUAAUAAGUGAGUUUGAUGUGGGUAAGUUUUCUGUGCUCAUUUUUUGGGUUUUGAUUGAUGAGGUGGGUGUGCUGUAUUUGUAUUUUGUUGGGAUUGCAGUGACUUCGAUUCGUUGUUUUCCUGUCCUAAUCACAUGGGGUAGAGAAUUUGACUGAAAGGACAAGGCCAUGUAAUGUUUGAUCUUCUGGGUUUGUGUCACUUUGACUAUUGCUGCUGCAUAAAUUCUAUAUAUAAAAAACACAUAUUAUAUCACACCCACACCAACGAAAGGCUAUUGGUUUUUCCUUUCUUCUUGGAGCCAAUCCCUUGUUCAAGGAGAGUCUGUGUGUGUUUUUUGUACUCCGAUGGUUUAAAUUUCUCGGGUUUGGGAGUUGGAAGAUAAGUCUCCAUAAGUUUGGCUUAGUUUGGAAAGUGAAGUACGAGAUAUUGGUGGUCUUUAUAGUUUCUGUCUGGAGAAAUUUGUCUGCUGAGGACCCCUUAUGUGGCUGUUGGUGAACUUAAAGGGUGGCCUUUCAUUGUCCAGAAGCAGAAUAAUUCCUUUGAUGCAUACACAUCAAGAGUAUCUGAUGAAUACCGAAUCUUAAUUGGAAGAAAAUAGGAGAAGAAGAAACAUUCAACAUGAAGUUUAUGAAACUCGGAUCUCGACCAGACACUUUCUAUACUGCGGAGGCUGUAAGGUCAGUCACCUCUGAAGUCUCUAGUGAUCUCAUAAUUCAGGUGAAAGGAAGUAGAUAUCUGCUUCACAAGUUUCCUCUUCUGUCCAAGUGUUUGCGCCUGCAGAGACUAUGUGCCGAGUCCUCUGAUUCUCCACAGCAUCAAAUAGUACAGCUUCCUGAUUUUCCAGGUGGGCUCGAGGCAUUUGAACUAUGUGCAAAGUUCUGUUAUGGCAUAACAAUUACUCUCAGCGCCAACAACAUUGUAUCCGCUCGAUGCGCUGCCGAGUACCUUCAGAUGACAGAGGAUGUUGAGAAGGGAAACUUAAUUUACAAGCUUGAAGUUUUCUUCAGUUCCUGUAUCCUUCAUGGCUGGAGAGAUACCAUUGUGACAUUACAAAGCACUAAAGCGUUUCCUUCAUGGUCAGAGGAACUUGGAAUCACAAGCAAAUGCAUAGAAGUGAUUGCGUCUAAAGUACUAAUUCAUCCAUCAAAAGUGAAUCUUUCGCAUAGUCACUCCCGAAGGCUUAAGGACGAUAUCUCGUGCAAUGGUGCGGAUAGCCAGAGACACAAACAGGCAACCAGGGGUUGGUGGGCUGAAGAUGUUGCAGAAUUGAACAUAGACCUCUAUUGGAGAACCAUGAUAGCUAUAAAAUCAGGUGGGAAAAUGCCCUCCAAUUUAAUUGGCGAUGCAUUAAAACUUUAUGCUUCAAGAUGGCUUCCGAAUAUAUCCAGGAAUGAAUCUGUUAAGCAGUUGGCAUCUGACUCGGAUUCAGACAAGGCAAACGAGUUGUCUGCAAAACACAGACUGCUGUUAGAAUCAUUAAUAAGCUUGCUUCCAGCCGAAAAAGGUGCUGUUUCCUGCAGUUUCCUUCUCAAACUUCUAAAAGCAGCCAACAUUCUUAAUGCCUCACCCUCUUCAAAAAUGGAACUGGCCAGAAAGGUGGGAGGCCAAUUAGAGGAAGCAGUGGUCACAGAUUUAUUAAUACCCUCUAUGUCAUACACAAAUCAGAUGGUAUAUGAUGUGGACAUAGUAAUGACCAUAAUUGAGCAUUUCAUGUUACAAUGGCAGAGUCCGCCAACAAGCCCUCCAAGAUCAAGGAUAGGGUUUGAAAGGAGAAGGUCUCGUUCUGCUGAAAAUAUUGAUUUCGAGUUACAAGAAAGUAGAAGAUCUUCUUCAGCUUCACAUAGCUCAAAGUUGAAGGUUGCAAAGCUUGUGGACAGAUAUCUUCAAGAAAUAGCUCGAGAUGUGAAUUUGCCCUUAUCCAAGUUCACGUCGAUUGCUGAGUCGGUGCCAGAGUUUGCAAGGCUGGAUCAUGAUGAUCUGUACAAAGCUAUUGACAUCUACCUUAAGGCACAUCCAGAACUGGGAAAAAGUGAGAGGAAGCGACUGUGUCGAAUUCUCGACUGCAAAAAACUAUCUGUUGAGGCUUGUAUGCACGCUGCACAGAAUGAGCUUCUCCCAUUAAGGGUGGUGGUCCAAGUUCUGUUCUUCGAACAAGCGAGGGCGACAAUGGGUGGUAGCAAAGUCGCCGAGCUGCCAAGCAACAUAAAGGCGCUUCUGGCUGCCCAUAAUAUUGACCCAUCAAAGCCACCAGCAUCAUUAAGUACUACCACAAGUGUUCAAGCAGAGGACCAACUGAGCAUCUCAGGGUUGAAAUCACCAAAAUCCAAGAUUUCUACAUUGCAGAUGAAGCUGGCUGAAGAUGACGAUUUAAACGAAAAUAGUAUGCACUCUAAUGGACUUUCAAGGUCCUCUAAGUUCAAGGCUCUCUGUUCUCUCCCUUCUCGACCGAAACGGAUCUUCAGUAAGUUGUGGUCUGCUAACAGAAGUAUCAUGGAAAAGAAUUGAGUGAAUUUUGUUGAUUUUGGGGUUGGAACAUGUCUAUUAAAGGAGUAGCAUAUUCUCUCUUUCUUUUGGCUUUAAUAUUAGACACCUACUUUGUAAGUUGUAACCUUUUAGAAGAAAGAUUUAAGAAUCCCAAUGUGCAUUGUUGGUGUAAUCUAUUAUAAUAAGAAUUCAAAUUCUCAAGAA